GACCCCAUUACCCACUCCCAGUCCCCAUUACAGACCCCAUUACCCACUCCCAGUCCCAUAACAGCCCCCAUUACCCACUGCUCCCACUUCCCACCCCCACUGUCUGGCUCUGUGUGUUGCUGUGGGUCAGUGUGUGGGUCAAUAUGUGGGGCAGGGUCUCACCUCCCCCCCCCACCUUUAAUCAGCUUCAGCAACCUGGGCAUCCAAUGCGUGAAGAAGAAGGAGAUCGAGGCGGCCAUUGAGAAGAAGCUGCAGUUGGGCAUCGACCCCUUCAAAGCUGGCUCAUUGAAGAACCACCAGGAGGUGGAUAUGAACGUGGUGAGGAUCUGCUUCCAGGCGUCGUACCGGCGAUGGCAGCGGACCAGGCAGCUCAGCCCGGUGCUGUCGGAGCCAUCUUCGCAUAAGAAGUCCACCAACACCUCCGAGCUGCGCAUUUGCCGGAUGAACAAGGAGAGCGGGCCGUGCACGGGGGGGGAGGAGCUGUACCUGCUGUGCGACAAGGUCCAGAAAGAGGACAUCGCGGUGGUGUUCCGUAAGGAGACGUGGGAGGCUCGGGCUGAUUUCUCUCAGGCCGACGUUCACCGUCAGGUCGCCAUCGUGCUCCGGACGCCGCCCUAUAGAUCCCUACAGCUGGAGCAGCCCGUGCAGGUCGAGGUGUUCCUACAGCGCCUCACCGACAGGGCACGGAGCAGGGGGUGUCCAUAUACAUACCUGCCCAGAGAGCAGGGUAUGGGGGGAUAUGGGGAUAUGGGGUCAGAGAAGCAGGGU